AUGGUUCAUUUUCCAAAAUCGUUUCUAGGCGCUUUUCCACUGUAUAUUGGUGUGGAAAUAGCUCUCGGUAUAACUAUCUUCAAUAAAUGUAGUGGGUUUUACGGAAUUUUGGGAUUGAUAACUGGCCAUGACCUAGAUCUCAUGCAGUGGCUGCUUUACGUUGUGUCGAUUAUUGCUGUUAUUGUCUAUUCGUUGGCUCUUACUCAAGUUUACAAACCUCAGCUUCUGAUGUAUUCGCUGACUGUAGUUGUGUUUACUAUUGACACUGCUUUAACCUGUUUUUUUACGCUUUGGUUUAGCGGACAGUGGUUUUCUGCCAAACACCACGAAAUGACAGACCCAAGCUCACAGACACAUCAAUCAGGGAGUCCGGAAUCCAAGUAUGCUAGAGGUGAAAACCUCGCUUCGCAGAGUGCCUCACAAACUGCCGAGUUUUUCUUUACUAUGCUGGUAACGUUGCUGGCGCUGUCUUGGCGGUUUUACUUCAAUUUUAUUAUCCUCGCUUUUGUUCAAAGACUUUUCCGCCACCCCAAGUACAUGGUUGACCUGAAUGACGUCGAGCAAGAUUUGAAGAAUAAGAGCCAGUUGGCUAAAUGUUGGUACAAAUCAGAGUGCAUAUGCUACAAAUGGUGUAAGCAUUAUUUGGCUUGA